AUGUCACUGUUCAAGACCUUUCGACUUGUGCCAGCAGGCGAUAGAAUUCGAGGCGAGCAGGACGAAUGGUCUGGCAUAAGUGAUGCCAAGGAGAGAAAGAGGCGCCAGAACAGAAUCAACCAAAGAGCAGCUCGAAGGCGACAGCGCUUGAAUCAAGUACAAGAGCAGCACCAGAUCGUUCCCAGAGGCUCUAGCCAACCAGCCGGUUCACACUCGCAGCUUGGCAAUGGAACCAUUGCCAUGUCUUCUCCCGCCCGGGUAGACCAUACGGAAACAUAUUUUCCAUUGACCCGAGAUGCUCAACUGCUCCAUGUCAUAACUCUUAACGUUUCUCGAGCCAUCCUUGCCAACUACGUUGUCCUCUCGUCAGUGCCGCUCUCGACCAAUCGAUUCUGCUCCAUACGGCGUGUAUUGAGCCUACCCCCACCCAUUCAGGCGCCGAUGGAUGGCCUAACCUCUAUGGCACCCGCCUUUGUGCUGCCGCCGUCGUUGAUGCCUACUCUUCUGCAACAGCAGGUUCCGCACUACGGUUGGAUUGAUCUAUUUCCCUCACCUCAGCUGCGGGAUAACCUUAUCGUCGCUCUGGAAAGAUAUACCUUCGACGAGGAUGCCUUCAUGAUGGAUGUGUUAGGUGAUGCGUUCCAGAGCCUCUGUAGCGGAUCAGAAGGGGAGCAGGGACAAGCAGAAGAAGAAUCUAAGGCUAUCACGGAGAUGAAGAUGUCUAACGAUGAAUCAAAGGAAAGCAAUCCCCCACCUUUAGAUGCUCUGGAUUUCGGAGCCAUCGCCUUUGAGUGGGGGGAUAGCUACGAUACAAAGGACUGGGACCGAUUGAGGAGCAUACUUGCUCCAGAGCUCGUGGUCGAUUACCGGAACGUGAUUGGGCAGAAAUGGGAUGCGAUGCCAGCCGAGGACUUUGUGGCCAUGGUGAGCGAUCCCGGAUUCGUCGGAGAUCCGCUCGUAUCAUCACAGCACUUCAUUGGAGCCUCAAAGUACCAGCGCGUCUCGGACGAUGAGGCCAUCGGCACGCACCAGCUUCGUGCUGCGCACCAGCGAUACACUGGUGAAGACAAGAAGACGAUCGAGGCAAAGGGGCACAGCCACGCCGUCAUGCAGUUCACUUACAAGAAGAUCGGGGGCGAGUGGAAGCUGUCAGGCAUGAAGCCGACGGUCUACUGGAACGAGUUUGAUUUCGAUCAAAUUUUCAAGGGCUCCAAGAAAUAG